UGUAUCAAAAUAUUUAUUGACAUUUCAAAUUUUGGCUUGCAAAUAUUAAAGACACAAUCAUCUCAUCAACGGUUGAGAUUUCAAUAUGAAGCGUGAGGACGGGACACCGCUUAUUGCUUUGGAUAAUCAAAUUCAAGAUGAAGCCUUAUUACCCGAGUAUAUUAAAAUAGAAAAAGAAAAUAAAUGGGGACCUAGGAUGAGUAUGGUUAAUCCAGAUCAAGAUGAAGCUGUAGCCUUACUAAUUCAGAUUCAGGAGGAAAGGGAUCUUGAUCUUGAAAGUGAACCCUCAGGAGUAGAAAAGAUCAUUGAAACAUGUUGCGAACUCGAUAAUCAAUUUAAUUUGAUAAGUGAAGCAUAUCACUUGCUAUAUGGAGGUCCAAAUAAUUUGUUAGAUGAAUCUUCUCAUCAAACUGAAAUUGAGACCCCUAUGAAAAUCAGUGUGCUGCAUAUUGCAGCUUGGAAUGGUAACGAUGACAUUGUUGCUCGUUUAAUUAAACGUGCCCCAAAACUUUUGUCAGAAAAUAAUAAAAACAAUGAUAGUGUCUUACAUGUAGCUGCAAGAGGUGGAAACAUCUCAACUGUUAAAAUUCUAUUAGAAGGUUAUACUAGAUUUCAAAUGCAGCAAUUAAAAACAAUGUCAAAUAGCAGCCGUCAAUCGAAAGAUGAUUUCGAACAGCGUAUUAGGGAGGAACUAUUAACCUUUGUGAAACGGGAUAAUAAUCAAGGCAACACUAUGUUUCAUGAGGUAAUGUUAUGCGACAAGAGCAAAAUUGGCGGGAAUAUGAUUUUCAAUGUUUGUGAAAUUUUCCAAACUAAAGAUCAGAAUCAGAAGUCAUCGUCAAAUAGUUGUUACGAUUAUACAAUAGAUAUUGUUAACCAUGCAAAGAAAACAGUACUUUACCUUGCAGUUGAAAAUGGAAAAAAGGAUGCAGUUGAUCUAAUAUUGGAGAAAUGUCGCAAGAAUGAUUUGAUGCCAAAGGGAUUAUCGCCCUUUGUAGCAGCAAUCAUGAUGCAUAAUCAAGAAAUGAUGAGGAUCAUUCAAAAACAUAAGCCAACUUGGAUCCAUUCAAAGGACAAACAUGAAAGGCUUCCUCUUCAUUAUGCUGCAUCUAUAGGUUACCUUGAAGGGGUUAAUUUCUUACUUGAAUUAUGUGAAUGUUGCACCAUUCAAAGGGACAAGAAUGGUUAUUUCCCGAUUCAUCUAGCUUCUUAUGGAGGUCAUGUGGAAGUAGUGAAGAAGUUGUUACAAUACUGUCCAGAUCCAACCGAGAUGCUUGACUAUUCUCAUGAGCGUAAUAUUCUUCACAUUGCAGCCAACCAUGGAAAACAUGAGGUGGUUUGUUACAUAUUACAAAGUGAAAUUCUCAAACAUCAUAAAUUGAUAAACCAAAAGGAUAAUAAAGGAGAUACCCCUUUGCAUUUAGCUGCAAGAUCAUGUCAUCCCACAACAGUGUAUUACAUAGUUAAUGAAAAAAACAAAAGAGUGAAUAUUGAUUUGGUUAACAAAAACAAUGAAACAGCACUUGACAUUGUUAAUGCACUUUACGGGGUUGAAAAAUCAUCUUUGAGACAGAAUCUUACAUGGAGUGCAUUUAAAUCUGCCGGUGCAAAGCAAAGUCUAAGGAAAGUAAGACCCCACAAUGAAGAAUCCCAACAAAGUGAGAAACAAAGUAAAGAAAAAGAGAAUGAUUCAGAAAGAUAUAAGGACAGAAUAGAAAACCUUACAGUUGUUUCAACCCUUAUACUCACAGCAUCGGUAGCAGCAUGUUUAGCUGUUCCCGGUGAAGCGGAUGGAAAUGCAAAUAACUUAAAUCAUGCAAUGUUUCAAUUUUUCAUUCUCUUCAUCACAAUAUCAUUGUUCAGUUCGAUUAGUGCUACAAUCAUACUCUUUUGGGCAACACUUGGACUAACCGAAUUGGUGACUUUCACCCUCAAAAUUGUGAUGCCACUUCUUGGAAUCGCUCUCAUUUCAUUAGCUUUGGCUUUCAUGGGUGGUAUAUACACUGUCAUCAGUAAACUUAGUUGGUUGGCCAAUGUUUUUUUGGUUAUAAGUGUGAUAUUCAUUAUAGUUGUGGUUUUGUUAUACAUACUCCUUUUCCUUCCAUCUUCAUCAACUAUAAAGCCAUUGAGAUACAUUUCUCACUAUCCUUUCCUUUAUUUAGCAUCACGUGCUGAACGUAAAAUUGAUCAAGGUCUUAAACCCUGGGGGUAGUACAAGUUAAUAUUAAGGUGUGUUGUCUCCCUUUUUGUGUGUGUCUAAUAUAUGUUUAUGUACAUAUAUUGUAAUAAUUAUGAAUGUUUUUCUUGUGUGUACCAAUAAAUGCCAAAUAAUGUUUUA